AUACCUGGACUUGGUUCACCAUGGUAAUACACCCGCUCAUCCAAACAAUAUUGGUGCUAACGAUUGAUAGACAAUGGUAGGUAAUAUGUAACAAACCAUAGUUAAAAGAUACUGAUCGUAGUAGGCUACCGGAGGAAUGGCGAAUGUGAUACACUCUCUUCCCUACCAAGCUACAUGGCUCAACGGCAUAGCCGUAGCCUUCUUCCUGCUCAACGUCAUCCUCUUCAUUAUGAACUGUGCCCUUGCCAGUAUUCGAUUCAAAUCUAGACCAGGGGCUCUCACCCAUUCAUUUACAGACCAGACGGAAUCGCUCUUCAUUCCUUCAGCUGUUGUCUCCUUCGCUAUCAUAUCGAUCAACAUAUGCCAGUUCGGUGUGCCGCAUGUAGGGCCUUGGCUCCUUAGAAUCAUGCAGAUUCUGUUCUGGUUCUACAUAGCCUUGAGUGUGGUUGCGAGUGCCACUAUUUACCUGAUUCUUUGGUCGACAUUGAUCUUUCCCAUUCAUACCAUGACUCCCACCUGGGUCUUUCCGGCCUAUCCUCUGCUUCUCACGGCACCUUUCGCAAGCAACCUUAUCCAAGCCGCUGUGCAAACAAAUCAGCAGGUCGUUACUCUCAACAGGACUGCCAUUGCACUCUGUGCAGUCGCUACGCAAGGUGCGGGCUGCUUGAUUGCCUUCAUGAUCUCUGCUGCGUUUAUCUAUCGGUUGAUGACGCAGAAAUUACCGCGGGAUUUCCAACGCCCUGGUGUGUUCAUCUCUAUCGGACCAUUUGCUUUCACGGUUGGAGGAUUAGUUCAACUCGGUAAUUCCGCAGACAAAAUACUGCCCGGCAAUUUCCUGGGCACCGAUCUGGCCGUUCCCAUCAUCAAAGUCAUGUCUGUCUUGAUUGGGCUAUGGCUUUGGGGGUUGAGCAUGUGGUUCUUCAUCGUUUCUGUAGGAUCGCUUUGGAAGUAUGUGCGGCCAGAGAGUAAGAUGCCUUUCCAAAUGACAUGGUGGUCAUUUGUCUUCCCGAAUACUGCACUUGUCACAGCCACGACCGCGCUUGGCAAAGCCUUGCAGAAUAACGGAUUGCAAAUAUUCGGAUGCGUCUUCGCCGCGUGUCUAAUAGUCAUCUGGUUUAUUGUAUUUGUAACGAUGAUUCGAUGUUUGUACAAGCGGGAGCUCUUAUGGCCCAAAGAUACCCAAUAGUGGACAAUUUUAGAGGUUUACUUCUGCAACGGAGCUCAAAAAGUACAAGAAACCUUGAUAAACCAUGAUUUCUCGUGAUACCAUCCGUUUCAAUUGCUGAGGCAUCCUAACACGUGAAAUUCUGUUGUAAAUCGGAGCCAGACAACACCGUGGGCUGAAGUUGGAGGAUACCGCCUAUUCUCGGCCAAGGGAGAGCGGCAGCGGGUGAAAGUGGGGCUGGCCGCCCCCAACCUCUCACCACUAAACUCAGUCCAUG